AAAAUGGCGGCCAGCAAGGAUUGUUAUAGAUUUUCCAAUAUUGCUGGAAAAUGAAGCUAAACUCACAUCUUUGAAUUGUUCGAAAAAAUAACCUGAAACCAUGUUCAUAUAUCUGAGCAAAAAGAUUGCCAUACCAAAUAAUGUCAGACUAAGAUGCCUGGCUUGGAAUCGAGAACAGGGGUACAUUGCUUGUGGAGGUGAAGAUGGAUUGCUCAAAGUUCUCAAACUGGAAACACAACCAGGAAAAGAUGCUAAAGUUAGAGGAUUGGCUGCUCCAAGUAAUCUCUCUAUGAAUCAAACCCUAGAGGGACACACUGGUGCUGUGCAAGUAGUAACCUGGAAUGAACAUUUUCAAAAACUGACCACAAGUGACCAAUAUGGCCUGAUCAUUGUCUGGAUUCUGUACAAAGGGUCUUGGUAUGAAGAAAUGAUCAACAAUAGAAACAGAAGUGUUGUGCGAGACAUGAAAUGGAAUGCAGAUGGACAGAGAAUCUGUAUUGUCUAUGAGGAUGGGGCAGUGAUUGUUGGUUCUGUUGAUGGAAACAGGAUUUGGGGAAAGGAAUUGAAAGGACUGCAGCUCAACAAUGUGGAAUGGUCCCCAGAUGGAAAAAAUAUUGUGUUUGGAAUUAGUAAUGGAGAAGUUCAAAUCUUUGACAACACAGGCAACUUUUGUACUAAGAUGACAUUGUUUUGCUUGACCAAUGUUACCGGAGCUGUUAAGAUCGCUGGGAUUGAGUGGUACGAUGGACGAGAGGGAUAUGUAGAGCCUAACUGUCCUUGCCUGGCAGUGUGCUUUGACAUUGGACGGAUGCAGAUAAUGAGACACGAACUGGAUGAGAGUCCCAUAUUGAUUGACACAUCAAUGUCAGUGAUGAAUAUUCAAUGGAAUAACUGUGGGUCUGUUCUGGCUGUUGCUGGAGUACAGCGAGCUUCAGGACAGGACAAGGAUGUUAAUGUGGUGCAGUUUUAUACUCCUUUUGGAGAGCAUCUGCGAACUCUUAAAGUACCUGGUAAACAGAUAAUGCAAGCCUGCUUUGAAGGUGGAGGGCUGCGCAUUGCCUUAGCUGUGGAUUCGUUCAUCUACUUUGCCAACAUUAGGCCUAAUUACAAGUGGGGUUAUUUCUCAAAUACUGUGGUAUAUGCAUUCAACAAGCCAGACAGACAGGAACACUGCGUGGUGUUCUGGGAUACAAAAAAUGGAGAGAAAUACGUAAAGUACGUGCGAAACUUAUUGUCAAUCACAGCCUGCGGAGAACACUGUGUGCUGGCCACAAGGGGUGAUGACAGCAGCGGCCAGCAUGUUCUUGUGCUGUGUAAUGCGAUUGGCACUCCAUUGGACUCUAAGUAUAUUGAAAUAGAACCUCUCUUCGUUGCCAUGACUCGAAGUCACGUGAUAGCUUCAUCCAGGGAGGCCUUCUAUUCCUGGCAAUACCGCAGCCCAAAAAAACUGACUGCUCUGGAACUUCAGACUCCCUCGAAAAAGAAGGAUGUUAGAGAAAGUGAUGUUGGAACUACUUACUACCCCGAGUACUCCAAUCUCCGAAUGUUUCACAUUGACGACGUACCGUCAGGAGCUGGAGAAGGCAUCAAAGACGUGAGCAAGGCUUUAGCGCCAACUCACGAUCCAGUGUGUUGUAUUUGUGCUUCUGAUAAACUCCUUAUACUGGGACGUGAAUCAGGCACCAUUCAUCGCUAUUCCUUACCAAAGCUUGCUCUGGAGAUGAAGAAUGUUCUUAACUGCCGCCCACACCAGCUGUCACUCAACUGUACUUCAUCGCGCUUGGCAAUCAUUGAUAUCUCCGGAAUUUUAUCAUUCUUUGAUUUAGACGUGAGAAAGACAGAUUCGCAAAAGAAUGAGACUGUGGUCGGCGAACAUUUGAAGUUUGAAAGGAAGGAUGUGUGGGACAUGAAAUGGGCUGACGAUAAUGCUGAGCUGUUUGCGAUGAUGGAGAAGACAAGAAUGUACAUAUUCCGGAACUUAGAUCCGGAGGAGCCGAUUUUGAGUUCUGGUUACAUAUGUCAGUUUAACGACCUGGAGGUGAAGGCUGUGUUGUUAGACGAAAUCAUGAAGGAUCCUGACCAUCCAAACAAAGAAAACUUGAUCGAUUUAGAAGUGAAGUCUUUGAGAGAUGCUCGCGAUUUGUUGGAGAAAGUCGGUAUUCCAGAUGCCUACCAGUUUAUCGAAGAUAAUCCCCACCCGCGACUUUGGCGUCUUUUGGCGGAAUCGUCGCUCGAAAGGCUGGAUCUUGAAGUUUCUGAGAAAGCUUUUGUUCGAUGUCAGGAUUAUCAGGGAAUUAAGUUCGUCAAGAGACUUGCCAAGUUAGACAAUGAAACCAAGAAAAAAGCUGAAGUCGCCGCAUACUUCAAGCGAUUCGAGGAAGCAGAAAGACUGUACUUAGAAAUGGACAGAAGAGACCUUGCUGUUGACUUGAGAUUGAAGCUUGGAGACUGGUUUAGAGUCGUUCAACUUCUUAAGACCGGAGGGGGAGGUGGUGAUGACCAACUCUUGGAGCAGGCGUGGAACGCAAUCGGUGAUUACUACGCUGACCGACAGAAGUGGCAGAACGCAGUCACUUAUUACGUGCAAGGAAGAAACCAGGCUCGACUGGCGGAGUGUUAUUAUAUGCUGGAAGAUUAUAACGGACUUGAAAAAAUGGUCAACACACUGCCAGAAAAUCACGUCUUGUUGACGGAGAUUGCUGCGAUGUUUUCUGCUGUUGGAAUGUGUGAGCAAGCAGUACUUGCUUUUACUAAGGUUGCUUCCGAAGCGUCAGAUGCUACGACAAAUCCACUUCGUGCCAAGAAAAUGUACGUUUUGGCUGCACUGCUGGUGGAAAAUUACCAUGAACACGUUAAAAUGACAAAGAUGAGAACGGCUUCAGGGAAAGAAAAGAGAAGUACAAGAGAGGCGACGUCUGCCCUGGCUGGUUUGCUUGAAGAGGACGCCAUUGCUACAGAUGAGAGCAAAAUCAUCGACAACGCUUGGAGAGGAGCUGAGGCAUACCACUUCUUCCUCUUGGCACAAAGACAAAUGUAUGAAGGAGCAAUUGAUGCUGCAAUGAAAACGGCCCUACGCUUGUGUGAUUACGAAGAUGUCCUGGAUCCAGUAUGCUUCCAUUCCCUUCUAGCACUUGUCAGCUGUGCCAACAGGGCAUUUGGGACUUGUUCUAAGGCCUUUAUAAAGUUGGAGUCGAUUGAAAGUCUGACUCAAGAACAGAAAAAUGCAUACGAAGAACUAGCCCUGGAAAUAUUUACAAAACAUUCACCCAAAGACUCACGUGGUAACAAGGCGGAGUGCACCAGCUGCGAAACAAUGAUUCCAGACUGGAGCCAAAUUUGUCCAAACUGUGACACGAAGUUUCCCACGUGCAUUGUGACUGGACGUCCAUUAAUGGACUAUCAGUUCUGGAUGUGUGGCACCUGCAAACACCGGGCCUACGAGCAAGAGAUCAGUUCCCUUAAUCACUGCCCACUUUGCCAUGCGCAGAUCUAGUUUACCGUGUACGUUACUUCAACUGGAAGACGGAGCUGAAAAACUUCUAUGCAUGUUACCGAGGUUUUAGGAGGAUUUGCCAUAUAAUGGUUAUAAUUCACAUUAGCGAUUAAACAAGUUUGCUGAAAACAUCAUUAAGACCGUCGUGACACUUCCUCGCGGUGAAAUACAGUAAGAGAGCACUUUUCAAUUGAGUGUUGUGAAACCAAAAUCAAAGCAAUCACAACAGCCAAUCAUAGGAAGGGAAAUUUCACAAAGAGCCAAUCAGCUUGAAGUAAAAACAAGCGAACUGCUCGAAGCGCGGGAGAACGCUGGCGUCCAAGUCGCUAUUUGAAUCUGAUUGGUUGAGAAAGUGGCGCGAGUUUUCUUGACCAAUCACAUAACAACAUAAAGCGAAAACAAAGCAGUCCCGGAUUACUUUUGACGUUCACUUGAAAAUUGCUCUCAUGAAGUAUUGGUGUUGAUUCACAUUCGAUUUAUUUACUCUCGUUGUGUACUCAUUGUAAACAUUCGAAGAUAUGGCUGGGGGAAUGUGAGAAAAUCAUUCCUUUUGGUAUACAAGUAUUCAUCGUAUUUAAAACCUCUUUAAACCGCGUAUUGCCCUUUAGUUAGAGUUGAGAGAAACACAUACGGUUAAAUGUAUAGUCUAGGCAGAGUUAAUAGAGGGGAAUUAACUCUGGUCUAGGUAACUCCCGCUGAUUUGCACGUAAUAAAAAGCGAACUUGAACUCCUCGUCGAAGCAGAGACAAAUCCAUUACCUUCCCUACGUCAGUUUUUAAACUUCCUUUCGGUGAGUGAUUCAAUCUUCUCAAAUCAUCUUGAUAACGAUUUGUUUCCCUUGCACACCACGGCAGCACAAUGUCGUUUUCUUUCUUAGAGUUACGUAUGAUGCACGAUCCUUCGCAGUAGAUAGUGCUAUUUAUGCAAUAGCGAAAAGCAGACCUGAAAAAAAUCA